AUGGGUAAUUCGGAGGCUCCUACUAAUAAUCUUUCCUUCAUUCUUAAUAAGCCACAUGAUGUUAUAUUUGCACAGCAACCUAUACCGACACUUCAGUCGCCCCACCAUGUGAUUGUUGCUAUUAAUUAUACCGGAAUAUGCGGCUCAGACGUCCACUACUGGGAUCACGGUGCAAUUGGCUCGUACAUUCUGGAGGAGCCAAUGGUGCUCGGCCAUGAGAGCGCAGGAACGAUUGUUUCAAUAGGCAGCGCUGUUAAAACGCUUCAACCCGGAGAUCGCGUAGCCCUAGAACCUGGCACACCUUGUCGGCACUGUGAGCCAUGUCUGGCCGGUCAUUACAACCUCUGUCCCGAGAUGCAAUUUGCUGCGACCCCCCCAUUUGGUGGUACCUUGACGGGAUUCUACGCUGCCCCCGAGGAUUUUUGCUACAAACUUCCCGACCACGUUACCCAACAAGAAGGUGCUCUAAUCGAACCCCUCGCAGUUGCCGUUCACAUGGUGAGGCAGGCUAUGGUCCAGCCUGGGCACAGCGUUGUUGUUAUGGGUGCAGGCCCUGUUGGCUUAUUAUGCUGCGCAGUCGCCAAAGUCUUUGGCGCCUCAAAAAUUAUUUCAGUUGAUAUUCAACGCUCGCGGGUUGAUUUUGCCCUUGAACUAGCCGCCACGCACUCCUUUAUACCGGGGCAAGUUUCUAUCAAGGAAAAUGCUACACGCCUUCUCUGCGAAUCUAAACUAGGUGCUGGAGCUGAUGUAGUCAUUGAUGCAAGUGGGGCCGAAUCGUCUAUUCAGACUAGUUUACAUGUUGUGCGUCGCGGUGGUGUGUAUGUCCAAGGCGGUAUGGGCAAAAACGAUAUAACAUUCCCCAUCAUGGAGCUGUGCCUAAAGGAGGUGACAGCCAAGGGUAGUUUCCGCUACGGCAGCGGUGAUUACAAGCUUGCGGUCGAGCUUGUAUCGUCGGGACAGGUUAAUGUCAAGAAAUUGAUUACAAGUGUAGUAAGCUUUAGUGAAGCAGAACAGGCGUUUAAAGAUGUGAAGCAAGGGAAGGGUAUCAAGUGUUUGAUUGCCGGACCCAACGAGAAGAUCUAG